AUGUACCGACAGUUAUUUAUUCUAACACUUAAGGUUUCGAGAUCAUCGUGGGGUCGAACUGUGUCUGCACUGUCAGUCGACAACAAAUUCAUGGUCUGUGGUGGUGGCAUGAAUUUCGGCAUCUGGCAUCUGGGCAUGUACUCACUAGCUACAGUUAUGGAGGCUGACAACGUUCGGCAUUUGACAUGCGAGAUGACAACCGACAAAAUCCUCACUGGCAGUAUGCAUCCCAUUCUCUCACAGUGGGAUCACUCCGGCAAAAAGAUCUCAGACGUUCACGGUAAACCACGAUCAAUCUACAGUAUUUUGCAGACAAGCGCUGUCUCAUUUACAGCAGGGGAUUCAAAUUUCAUUGACGUGUAUUUAAAUCUUGGUUAUGUUGCCUUUUCACUGGAUGCAUUUCCUAUGGAAUAA